AAAAGGGGGGUAAUCACGUGCGAUUAUCUCUCAAUAUCGAAACCGUAAAAACGAGGCACCAACAAAGAACAUCCUCGUCAUUCCCUUCAAAAAAACGUAUCACACUGGGCAGCCUCAUACCACCACCUCAACAGCCACGUCCCAAAAACGCAUCGCCUUCAGUCCAAUCCUCGAACCUCAGAUCAUAAUCGUCAAUAUGCCACCAAAGCAAUUCAGUGUCGCGCGCUCCGGGGGACCACGUCGUGGACACCAGCAAGGAUACUUUGGAGCUGCUUAUAGCGCCAUCACAUCAAAGGACAACCGAAGUGUUGUGCAGAGUGUUGGAAUUUUCGGAGUGAGUAGCCACUACCCUUCCACAUAGAUUACGGACGUUAGGGUGUUUGUUGGCAACCGUGCAGCAAUUGCGAUCAAGAACCAAGCUAAUUUAUUGGAAAUCUAGGUCGCAGUCGCAUUCUUCUCGAGUUCAUGGAGCGAAUUCAUCUUACCUCCUCUAUAGACGCCGAUUCAAAGAUGACGAUAGGGCUUCGGAAUUGAUGGAACGACGGUGGACUGUAUAAUGAAUUUUCGAUACGAUGCGAUGAUGGUGGUUUGGGGAGGUGUAUGAUAUGAAUGGGAACGAGAAGAAAAUUUCUGCUGAGG